CCACCUCCUCGGGCAGGAUGGUACAGUCUGCAGAGGGACCCGGGCACGCUGGCUGGGCUCAGCGGCGGCACCAGCUGCCGCACCGCGAUUACGGGGCUGCCCGCCUGGAAACCGUGCCGGAUUUGUGGUGAUUUUCGUAGCCAAGAGCCACCGCCCAUGACCAUGUAGAUACCAGCUCCAGGGAGCAGCAUGGGCCCCACUGAAUGGAGACUCCUGGGUCUACAGCCCUGAGCCCCUCCGGCCCCUGGACGUUGCCCCGUGCCCAGGGACACCCCUUGGAGCUCACCACCGCAGUCGCCAGCCCACCUCGGCCGCCCCCUCCCCCUGGGACCCAAAGUCGGCCACCAGGAGCCACAGUCAUCCAGUGAGGUUGUGCUUAGGACAGCACGCGGAGCCAUCGCCCAGCAGCCUCUUGUCCAGCGCUGACUCUCGGGCCCAACCCAAGCAGGGACUGGAGCAAACAUGGGUGACAUGACCAACAGCGAUUUUUACUCCAAAAACCAAAGAAAUGAGUCAAGCCAUGGGGGCGAGUUCGGGUGCACAAUGGAGGAGCUCCGCUCCCUCAUGGAGCUACGGGGCACCGAGGCUGUGGUCAAGAUCAAGGAGACUUAUGGGGACACUGAAGCCAUCUGCCGGCGCCUCAAAACCUCACCUGUUGAAGGUUUGCCAGGCACCACUCCAGAUCUGGAAAAGAGAAAGCAGAUUUUCGGGCAAAACUUUAUACCUCCAAAGAAGCCAAAAACCUUCCUGCAGCUGGUGUGGGAGGCACUGCAAGACGUGACGCUGAUCAUUCUGGAAAUCGCAGCCAUCAUCUCCCUGGGGCUGUCCUUUUACCACCCACCUGGCGAGAGCAACGAAGGAUGUGCGACGGCCCAGGGUGGGGCAGAGGAUGAAGGGGAGGCAGAGGCCGGCUGGAUUGAGGGGGCGGCCAUCCUCCUCUCGGUCAUUUGUGUGGUCCUGGUCACAGCCUUCAAUGACUGGAGCAAGGAGAAGCAGUUCCGGGGCCUGCAGAGCCGCAUCGAGCAGGAGCAGAAGUUCACCGUGGUUCGGGCUGGCCAGGUGGUCCAGAUCCCUGUGGCCGAGAUUGUUGUUGGGGACAUAGCCCAGGUCAAAUAUGGUGACCUCCUCCCUGCCGAUGGCCUCUUCAUCCAGGGCAAUGACCUCAAGAUUGAUGAAAGCUCCCUGACGGGGGAAUCUGACCAGGUGCGCAAGUCCGUGGACAAGGACCCCAUGUUGCUAUCAGGGACCCACGUGAUGGAGGGCUCUGGACGGAUGGUAGUGACUGCCGUGGGGGUGAAUUCUCAGACCGGCAUCAUCUUCACCCUGCUGGGGGCUGGCGGUGAGGAGGAAGAGAAGAAAGACAAGAAAGGUGUGAAGAAGGGGGAUGGCCUUCAGCUACCAGCGGCCGAUGGGGCAGCAGGUUCAAAUGCUGCAGAUAGUGCAAAUACCAGCCUAGUCAAUGGUAAAAUGCAGGAUGGCAAUGUGGACGCCAGCCAGAGCAAAGCCAAACAGCAGGACGGGGCAGCCGCCAUGGAGAUGCAGCCCCUUAAGAGUGCCGAGGGUGGCGACGCUGAUGACAAAAAAAAGGCCAACAUGCACAAGAAGGAGAAAUCCGUGCUGCAGGGCAAGCUCACCAAGCUGGCUGUGCAGAUCGGCAAGGCAGGUCUGGUGAUGUCAGCCAUCACGGUCAUCAUCCUGGUGCUCUACUUCACCGUGGACACCUUCGUGGUCAACAAGAAGCCAUGGCUACCUGAGUGCACGCCCGUCUACGUGCAGUACUUUGUCAAGUUCUUCAUCAUUGGCGUGACAGUGCUGGUGGUCGCUGUGCCGGAGGGGCUCCCUCUGGCCGUCACCAUCUCACUGGCCUACUCGGUGAAGAAAAUGAUGAAAGACAACAACCUGGUCCGUCACCUGGAUGCCUGUGAGACCAUGGGCAAUGCCACCGCCAUCUGCUCAGACAAGACAGGCACACUGACCACCAAUCGCAUGACAGUCGUGCAGGCCUACGUUGGCGACGUCCACUACAAGGAGAUCCCUGAUCCCAGCUCCAUUAAUGCCAAGACCAUGGAGCUGCUCGUCAACGCCAUUGCCAUCAACAGCGCCUACACCACCAAGAUUCUGCCCCCAGAGAAGGAGGGUGCCUUGCCUCGGCAAGUGGGCAACAAGACGGAGUGCGGCCUGCUGGGCUUCGUGCUGGACCUGAAGCAGGACUACGAGCCCGUGCGCAGCCAGAUGCCAGAGGAGAAACUGUACAAGGUGUACACCUUCAACUCCGUGCGCAAGUCCAUGAGCACAGUCAUCAAGCUGCCUGACGAGAGCUUCCGCAUGUACAGCAAGGGCGCUUCUGAGAUCGUGCUCAAGAAGUGCUGCAAAAUCCUCAACGGGGCAGGGGAGCCCCGCGUCUUCCGGCCCCGCGACCGGGACGAGAUGGUGAAGAAGGUGAUCGAGCCCAUGGCCUGCGAUGGGCUCCGAACCAUCUGUGUGGCCUACCGCGACUUCCCCAGCAGCCCUGAGCCCGACUGGGACAAUGAGAAUGACAUCCUCAAUGACCUAACCUGCAUCUGCGUGGUGGGCAUUGAGGACCCCGUGCGGCCCGAGGUCCCAGAAGCCAUCCGCAAGUGCCAGCGGGCAGGCAUCACCGUCCGCAUGGUCACUGGUGACAAUAUCAACACGGCCCGGGCCAUCGCCAUCAAGUGUGGCAUCAUCCAUCCUGGGGAGGACUUUCUGUGCCUGGAGGGCAAGGAGUUCAACCGGAGGAUCCGCAACGAGAAGGGGGAGAUUGAACAGGAGCGAAUUGACAAGAUCUGGCCAAAGCUCCGGGUGCUGGCUCGCUCCUCCCCCACGGAUAAGCAUACCCUCGUCAAAGGCAUCAUCGAUAGCACACACACUGAGCAGCGCCAGGUGGUGGCUGUGACCGGGGAUGGCACCAACGACGGGCCUGCACUCAAGAAGGCGGACGUGGGCUUCGCCAUGGGCAUCGCAGGCACGGACGUGGCCAAGGAGGCCUCGGACAUCAUCCUAACGGAUGACAACUUCAGCAGCAUCGUCAAGGCUGUGAUGUGGGGCCGCAACGUCUAUGACAGCAUCUCCAAAUUCCUGCAGUUCCAGCUGACGGUCAACGUGGUGGCUGUGAUCGUGGCCUUCACGGGUGCCUGCAUCACGCAGGACUCCCCUCUGAAGGCUGUGCAGAUGCUCUGGGUAAACCUCAUCAUGGACACGUUCGCCUCACUGGCGCUGGCCACUGAACCACCCACUGAGACCCUGCUUCUGAGGAAGCCAUAUGGCCGCAACAAGCCCCUCAUCUCACGGACCAUGAUGAAGAACAUCCUGGGUCAUGCCGUCUACCAGCUCACCCUCAUCUUCACCCUGCUCUUUGUUGGCGAGAAGAUGUUCCAGAUCGACAGCGGGAGGAACGCACCCCUGCACUCGCCACCCUCGGAACACUACACCAUCAUCUUCAACACCUUCGUCAUGAUGCAGCUCUUCAAUGAGAUCAACGCCCGCAAGAUCCACGGCGAGCGCAAUGUCUUCGAUGGCAUCUUCCGGAACCCUAUUUUCUGCACCAUCGUGCUGGGCACCUUUGCCAUCCAGAUAGUGAUCGUGCAGUUUGGGGGGAAGCCAUUCAGCUGCUCUCCACUGCAGCUGGACCAGUGGAUGUGGUGCAUAUUCAUCGGGUUAGGAGAGCUCGUCUGGGGCCAGGUCAUCGCUACCAUCCCGACCAGCAGGCUCAAGUUCCUCAAGGAGGCGGGCAGGCUCACGCAGAAGGAGGAGAUCCCGGAGGAGGAGCUCAAUGAGGACGUGGAGGAGAUAGACCAUGCCGAGAGGGAGCUGCGGCGAGGCCAGAUCCUGUGGUUCCGAGGCCUGAAUCGGAUCCAGACCCAGAUUGAAGUAGUCAAUACUUUCAAGAGCGGGGCCUCCUUUCAGGGAGCCCUGCGGAGACAGUCCUCCGUCACCAGCCAGAGCCAGGACAUUCGCGUCGUGAAGGCGUUCCGUAGCUCUCUCUAUGAAGGUCUAGAAAAGCCUGAGUCUCGAACCUCCAUCCAUAAUUUCAUGGCUCACCCCGAAUUCCGGAUCGAAGAUUCACAGCCCCACAUCCCCCUCAUUGACGACACCGACCUGGAAGAAGAUGCCGCGCUCAAGCAGAACUCGAGCCCUCCGUCAUCGCUCAACAAGAACAACAGCGCCAUCGACAGCGGGAUCAACCUAACGACCGACACAAGCAAAUCAGCUACCUCUUCAAGUCCAGGGAGCCCCAUCCACAGCCUGGAGACGUCGCUUUAGCUGAGGACCCGGCCGCCACCCACCCACCCACCCCCGGGCGCCCCCCCCACCCCAUCCAGGCACCCAGCUCACCCAAGCAGCAAGGAGCAACAACAGGAAACCAAAAACUGGCGAGAAAACCAACAUUUCCACCCAACAGACCCUUUUUCUGGCUGCGAUGCUGUUUGAACUCUUUUACACUUUGAGGCAAGGGGCGGGAUCUCCUGGGGGGGCUUACGGGAGUGAGCGAUUUUCCCAGAACAAGCCCUUCCUGGCUCCCACCCAAACACGGACCAGCCAUGCACCCGCCAGGCCACCACGUCCCCUGCAUGAAUGUACUGUACACUUCCAGUCCUCCCCUGGUUUGGUUUGAGGGGGGGUCAGGGAGGGUUUUUUGUUUGUUUUCUUAGGCGGGAACUGCAAACAGACUCUUUUCUGAGACUACAUCCAAUCCACUGGUCUGUGAGUUUUUGAAAUGCUUGCACAGCAUGGUCUCAGUUGUAUAGGUUAAUUUAACAACUUUUUGAAACUGCAGAGCUUAACUCACCUAGUAAAUUUGCACCAACGGAACCGAAGAACUUCACAGACACUCAUGAGGUUAUAUCCAUUUCUUUGUAUCUAUAUCAACGUAUACUUUUCCAAGACUGUAUACGUCCAUAUAGAUAGGCAUAUAUAUAUGUAUAUAUAUAUAUAUAUACAUAUAUAUAUACACACAUACACACACACACACACACACACACACACACACACGGAUAUAUAAAGUUUUUUUUGCCGGCAUGUUGCCUUGUUUCCGCUUAAAUUGCUCUAUUUUAACUUAUUUAUGUCCUAAAACAAGAAUGUAAUUUGUUUACAAACCUGUAGAUAACGUCUUUGGCUAUUUGUACGGUUGAAGAACACUGGCGGCUGAGAUGUUAUAUAAACAGCUCAGCCCAGCAGACACUUCCCUGGAUUGCAUCCUGAUGUUUUACAAUAGCCAUGCUCUGAUUUUUGCCUGCUGUUUCCACUCAAUUAUGUCACUACCGUGGGAGGCUCAGGCAGAAGCCAAACGCUACCGAGGAGGAGUAGCCAUCCGGAGGGCUUAACACCGUGCUCCGUAGACACAGGGAGAGGAAGAGAGAAGGCUUCCUAGGUUCACAGCACUAACGGCGGGCCCGGCCCGAGGAUGACGGGGUCCGCCCAGCUUUGGUCGAAGACUUUUCUCUCGAUGAAACUCGCUUGAGUUUACUAAGAGCAUUUCAAAAAGAGGUUCUCUUUGGCACUGUCUGGACAGAGGUUGAGGUAGUGUUGCAAUAUUAUAAAUGCUACUGUGUUGAUUUUUUUUUUUUUUUUAGUAAUUUAGAGGUUUAUUUACUUAUAAAUUGCAGCGUAUGAGCUGUUGGCAUACUGGAUGAGGAUCAUUAUGGCUUGCUGCUUUUAUUUUUAUUUUUGAAGAAGAAUAGCCUUUUUCUCUGCACUAUUUAGAUCCGAACGAACCUUAUGAUGUGUAUAUUGAGAUGUAUUCAGUGUGAUUUUUAAACCAAAUUGUCUUCCUGUAGUCGCAAUAUAUACUGUAGCCUUUUGACAGCAAGUCUUGCUUUCCCAGACAGAAAGCCAUUCUGAAACCCUACAGUAUCACAGGUGAGAAAAGGUGGUUAUUUUCCCCCCAAGACAAUAACAGCACUAGUAAUCCCACUUAAUGAGAGCUUAUUUAAUUGUACGUCAGCCUCUUAACUGCUAAGCACUUUGUGGGUAUCAGCUUUUUUCAUAAAAGAACUUUUGUAUUUAAUACAAAGUUUGCUUUGAGACUUUUCAGCAUACGAUCUUUUUCCAUAAACUUGUACAGUGCAAAAGACAUUUUGAAUACCAUGAUCGAUGACGUCCCAUGCUUCGAGGAAAACCAAACACUUUCCACCUCGCUUGCAAAAUUCAUCCCUCAUACUGACCCCUUCCCACGGUUGCUCUGUGUCAUCUCAGCCCUUCCCUUCUCCAGGCCCAGAGAAUUCUUCCACAAACAAGAUGAGAGCCACUCGGGAAAAGAGCCAUAGUCAGCUGGGAGGGCCUACGGCUGGGUGGCUGUGAAGGAACCUGAGGCUUUGGGAUCCCAAGUCAGCCCAUCCCACCUGGCAAAACCUUCCUAGAAGGAGGACCUUCUGUGUGCGAGAACAUCACCUGAAUGUCGUGAAGGAAUCUCUCUGAAUGUACCCAGCAGAGGAAACUGCAUCCCCAAAGGGGUGGCCAGCCCUCAGAUGUGCUUAUUGGAUUCCGAUACAAACGCCGCCAAAAGCCAGCCCGUUGUUCUCCUGCCGAGAAAGUAAAGACCUGCACAUGUGAAAAAACCUGGAGCAACUUUGGAACAUGGUGUUUUUUGUAGUUUCCUUUCUCAAGGUUUUCCAUCUCCCCACCUUCUUGGUUCCAAUCCUGUGUCCAUGACCUCAUUCCCCGACAGCAGGAAAGCUGCGCUUGCCCACCACGCUCCCUGUUCGUUCGGAGCCGGGACACAGGGAAGACAGGAGGGCCUUCUCUGAGCGGAGCCUAGCUUGGGGAACAGGGAGCAGUGGAAGUGACCGAGGACACCCAACCUCAGUGUUGGUCUUUUCUUGUCAGGAAUGAUGGAUGCUUACACACACACACACACACACACACACACACACACACACACACACACACACACAGAGGAAAUGAUUGGUUUGUCAAAACUCACUGUAGUACAUAAAGCUUGCACUCUGCGUCCUAUAUCUAGCAGCAUGGGGUACGUUUGGCAGUUCACCCCAUUAGGGGGUCAAUAAUUUAUGACCAUUCAUCUGUUUUUAUGAAUUUUUUUAUCUAGACAAUAAUUGUAAAUAAAGAACUCACCGUCUCUGUUCAUUUAAUACUAUGCAAUGGUUAUGCUUUCAAUUGCUGACUCUUCUUAUUCCCGCAGCGUGGUUCUGAAAUGUCUGUGGUUUAAAAAAAAAAAAAAGGCAAAAAACCAACAUCAAACAGAACACAGCAAAUAUAUACUCUGUAAUGUAUAUAUAAUUUUUUCCAGUUUGGGACUGCACCAUCCACUUAGCUUCUUCUCUGUCCUCUGGACAAGGGCUCCAGGAGAAGAUAGCAGAUUCAUUCUGAGGUCUAAGCUCAGCUACUUAUCUCCCCUCAACAGAUGAGAGAAGAGCAGGGGGCCCAUUCAGUGACCCCUGGGGCUGGAGAAUUGCCCACCUUUGGAGGUGGGCAGGGAGGAAUAUUUCCUCCCUGCGACUCAGGCAGUGCUUUCCCUAACUCUGAAGCAGCCUCCAUUGCUCCCGCCGACCCCUCACCAUGGCCCCCUCGCCCCCCUGUCCCAAUCAGAACACAGAGUAGACAAGAGGGAGGGUGCCCUGCUUUUGAGACCAGACCACUGAAAAUGGCGGUACUGGGCCAAGGACUCUGGACCCGUCUCAUCCUGGGUAGCCUACUUAUUGAAUAGCUGCUCUUUUCCCAACCAUGCUGAAAUGCCACCUGUACCACAUACUGAUAGCUUAUAUAGAUUUGGGUCUAUUUCUGGAAUUUCUCUUCUGUUCCCAUAUCUGGGUGUCUCAUCUGGCACCAGCCAUACAAUUCUAAUUACUGUUGCUUUAUAUAAUGUUUUAUCAUGUGGAGGAGGGUGAAGUCCCUCCUUUUCUUUUUUUAACAAAAUGUCCUGGUUAUUGUCUCACAGCUAUUCUUUUAAGUAAACUUUAAAAUGUUGCCACGUCUUCCACCCCUACCCUUCCCCCACCCAAGGGCCCUGUCAUUCUAUAUGCAAAGGGCUUCCUUUCUGCCAUUGUAAGUACUGUUCACUCAGGGUCACUAGAUAGAGUGUCCCGUAAGAAGAAACAAAAAGAGCAUCCUAAAUUUGGGCGGAAGCCAGAAGUUCCUCCCACCAUCUCACCUGUACCCUAAGCAAGGGUGUCACCAGGAGAGGCCACCAAGCUCCCCACCCCAAUCUCAGUUUGGGACCCAAAGUCACCCACCUUGGUUAUGCUGGGGUGGACCCUCCAUCUGCCCCAGUCCAGAAGAGGAAUAGGGCUCUCUCCCACACCCGGAGCUACCAGAUUUGCGUGGCCCAGUUGUUUUUAUUUCUAGUUCUCCUCAUGAAGAAAUCUUUAUUCCUGUCUCCCUUUCCGGAACUGCCUUUUUUUUUUUUUUUUUUUUUUUUGGCAGGGGUGGAAGGGGUCACUUCUUGUUCUUUAUUCAAAGUUUUUUCAGCGGUUGUGUGAUAGGCCCUUUGGGAUGCAGCAAUUUCUUUCCUGGACCUUCACACCACCCUAACCCCCCCUACCCAUUCGUGCUCUACUUAUGGGAGGCUGUCAGCUGGGUGUACUGUGACAUGCCUCCCACCCUAAACUCCCUCCAUAGUGUCUGAGAUCCCAUUAGAAGAUGGGAGGGGUGCGUUUCUUGAAGGCUCUGGGUGUUCCAGAGCCAAGGCCUAUCAAACAACAGCAGAAAAUCCCCAGCCAGGUCUUUUCCAAGUUCUAAAGCAAGCUCUCCUGUUGUGAUGUAGAGAUCCUACUCAACCAAGUAGAGGGAAGGGGAUCCCAGGCCCUGGGCAUCAGCCAUCACCCCCUCCACCAAAAACAAGACCUUUGAGGCUGCUCUGGGACCUUCUCAGCCCCCUAAGUCUGUUUUGUAAUGCCUGUGGUGCUCUCCCUCCGGACCUUUCCUCUUGGGGGUCGCCACACUUUGCUAACUCUUGUGUGCACAUAUUUUAUAACAGAGUAGCGAGGAAAUGGUGCCGCUCCAGCUUCCACAAGCUGCCCGGGCUCUGGGGGGGGCUCUGGGACAAUCGGGGCUGGGAAGUGACUGUGCUCUUAUUGUACACUCUUUAUUUCUCUGUAUCUCUGGCUUGUGCUCUUUGUAAUUAAUGGGAUUUGUCUGCCUUUUCAACACUAUCCUGAGCAAUAACAAUAAAUGCACACGUGGAAAUGCA